GCGGUGGCCUUUGGGUCCACGACUGUGGAGCCACUACCUGCUUUGAGGUCGCUGGAAGCGAGAGAUGGAGUUCUUUCGCCGAGGAGCUGCGCCCUCGUUUCUGGUCCAGCGGCUGGAGCUAGGCUGGGGUUAGGUCGAGAGGGCAGCUCGUGGAGGCACCUAGUUCCCGUUGCUUCCUCCCAGCAGUGGGUUGAUGCCAGCGUCUCAGUCCUGGAAACCCCGCGGCUGGAGAGCAGUAGCCGUGUCGCUCAUGGUCACUCGGUGACAAUGAGAAGGACUCAGCCCAGAGACUGGACCCGAGGAGGUGCUAGGAGGCCGCCCAGCAUCGCGCGGGUCUGUCCUGGGGCCGAGACGGACGCGCCGCCCCGCAGGUGUGUCGCAGUCCAGGGAGCCCGGACAGUGGCAGAGCUGCGGUGCAACCCUGGGCAGUUUGCCUGUCGCAGUGGUACCAUCCAGUGCAUCCCUCUCCCCUGGCAGUGUGACGGCUGGGUGACUUGUGAGGAUGAGAGCGACGAAGCCAAUUGUCCAGAAGUGACUGGGGAUUCUCGAUCUUACCAUGGGAAGGAAGCUGUGGAUCCGAGGCAGGGGCGGGCCCGAGGUGGCGACCCCACGCAUUUCCACGCAGUGAAUGUGGCGCAGCCUGUUCGCUUCAGCAGUUUCCUAGGGAAGUGUCCGACAGGGUGGCACCACUAUGAAGGCACGGCCAGCUGCUACAGGGUCUACCUGAGUGGAGAGAACUACUGGGACGCUGCACAGACCUGCCAACGCGUCAAUGGCUCCCUUGCCACCUUCUCCACCGACCAGGAGCUGCGUUUUGUCCUGGCCCAAGAAUGGGACCAGCCAGAGCGGAGUUUCGCUUGGCAGGACCAGCACAAGUUGUGGGUUGGCUACCAGUAUGUCGUCACCAGCCGGAACAGCUCCUUAGAAGGCCACUGGGAGGUAGCAUUCAAAGGUUCCUCAGAGGUUUUCCUGCCCCCAGACCCCAUCUUCGCCUCGGCCAUGUCUGAAAGUGACAAUGUGUUCUGCGCCCAGCUGCAAUGCUUCCACUUCCCCACUCUCCGCAACCAUGACCUGCACAGCUGGCAUGCGGAGAACUGCUAUGAGAAGUCUUCGUUUCUCUGUAAAAGAAGUCAGACAUGUGUUGACAUCAAGGACAAUGUGGUGGAUGAAGGGCUCUACUUCACCCCCAAAGGAGAUGACCCGUGCCUGAGCUGCACCUGCCAUGGAGGGGAGCCAGAGAUGUGCGUGGCUGCCCUCUGCGAACGGCCCCAGGGCUGUCAGCAGUACCGCAAGGACCCCAAGGAGUGCUGCAAGUUCAUGUGUCUGGACCCAGAUGGGAAUAGCCUGUUCGACUCCAUGGCCAGUGGGAUGCGUCUCAUUGUUAGCUGUAUCUCCUCCUUUCUCAUCCUGUCCCUGCUGCUUUUCAUGGUCCACCGGCUACGCCAGAGGCGCCGGGAGCGCAUUGAGUCCCUGAUUGGAGCAAACCUACACCACUUCAACCUUGGCCGGAGGAUCCCCGGCUUUGAUUAUGGCCCAGACGGGUUCGGCACAGGCCUCACGCCGCUACAUCUUUCUGAUGAUGGAGAAGGAGGGACUUUCCACUUCCAUGAUCCUCCGCCCCCCUACACUGCGUACAAGUACCCAGACAUUGACCAGCCUGAUGACCCACCGCCACCCUAUGAGGCCUCCAUCAACCCUGACAGCGUGUUCUACGACCCUGCAGAUGACGAUGCUUUCGAGCCAGCAGAGGCCAGCCCGCCAACCCCAGGGGAUGGUGACAGUGAAGGUGCGUCACCCCGGUGCCUGGAGCAGCCUCUACCCUCUGCAGGGGUCACCCUGGCAGACCUGGAAGACUCAGCUGACAGCAGCAGCAUUCUGCUCGUACCCCCCGACCCUGCCCGGAGUGGGACGCCCCCAGCCACAGAGGCACUGCCAGGAGUUGGCCGCCACAGCCGCAGUUCCCUCAAUACCGUGGUGUAGCGGAUGCCCAGCCCAUGGCCCCAAGGGGCAUGGAGCACCUGUUUGCUGUCAAGGAAACUCUGAUUCCCGUGGAGACUUGAAGGGCCCUAUGUGAGCCUGGACUCGGCUGCACUGCUGCACACACUCCCCUGUAGGUGUGCCCGUGCUUGUAGAGACUGCGCCAGCCUCCCAAGGGAGCGAGCACCUGCACCGAGUCUCCUUGAGGGCUUCAAACACAUGCAUAGCUUUGGGUCACUGUCUUUUUCUUUUCAAAUGACAGAAGAAUGGCAGUUUGUUCAUGCCACACGUUUCAGAAGUAGGGAACAAAGAAGGUACUGCGGGCCUGGGUGGAGGCCAGACCACACCAGACUGGUGGGCUUGCUCGUGGCAGCACGUUGUUCAGAGGAGCAUGCUGCCCAGCCACCAAGCCCCAGAGCUGCCACAGUGUGCCUCGCUGGCCGCUGCCCAGGAAGCACUUCCGGCACCAGUGUUUGUGGACUGUCAGGAUUGUCUGGGCAGUGAGUCUGCUUCCGGGCAGACAGCCUUGAGAGUUGCUCCAAUGGCUGCUCUGAUGAUGGCCCCUCACAGGUCUAGCUUGAACAUCGAGGGUGACCCUGUCUUAGCUCUGGUGCCCAAACCCUAAGAAGGGGAGCUUGGAAGGAGGUUGAACUCCACUCUGUCUUUCCAGCAGGGCUCUGCAAAGCCCAGUUCUGUGCCAGAAAUCCCUAUCCCUAGUCUGUUGGAUUUCUCCCUAACAUUACCGUGCAUGGCCCCCCAGGAGGCAGCUCUGGAGCUGGGCUGAGGCCCUUAGCCAUGUAUGAGUGUCCUGGCCCUGGACCCUUCACUGGGCUUGAGGGCUAAGCCAGCUCCUGUUACCCUUUGGAGCCCCCUCCUAUUGAAUUUGCCCCUGGACCUGGCCUGCCCCACUCCCCUCUUUUGUGCCAUAAAGGUUUAUUUGGGGGGAGGGGUGGCUGAAAUUAACAUCCUGGGCUGUGUCCACCUCCUGAAAGUCAGUCCACUUCUUGCACAUCACCACCACCACUAGAGCUGAGUGCCUGGUGGCUGCAUGCCACCUUCCUGUCCUUAGCACAGGGUGCUGGGUGCCCUGCUCAGGGGCCUUUUGACUGAGGGACCCUGUUGCCUACUCCUGAGCAGUGGUCUUGUCUCCUGACACCAGGCUUUUAGCAUUUCUGAGGUUUGGAGAUUAAGCGGGUUCUGUGCGAUUUUUUAGCACAUCCAUAUCUUUUCUACGUUGAAUGUCUAGAUCUUUUGUGUGUGUGUGUGUGUGUGUGUGUGUGUGUGUGUGUGUGUGUGUACGUAUAUGUCCAAGUGUUUGCAGGUGAUGAUGGUACACAGGAACUCCAUCUUCAAUUUCCUGGGCCAACAUGGCCCCUUGGGUGGCACUGAGGCAUGGCCAGGUCUGUGCCUCUUCCGAGGCAGGUUCUCAUGCUCAUCUUCCUAACCCAGCCAUCCAGCUCCUGGUCCUCCCCUAAGCCUUUCUGUACCAGCCUGCAGCAGGGAGAGCUGGCUUUCAGUGGGAGCUUCCAUGGUGGUCUGACGACAGACCUCACAGGCUCAGCCCAGUUCUAGGCACAUUUUCAUACUUUGGUUGGAAACCAGUUUUGUUCUUGAGUUGUCCCACAGGGCUGACCAGAGAUGUGAGUUUUGUCACUGAACUGCCUGUCCUUGGGCUCGGCCCGCAGAAGCCAGAGUGGGUGCUCCCCUUGCCAGAGGGCUGCUACUUGGAGAAGGGCAUCCUGGGCACAUGUGCCCAUGCUGGCUCCUGAAAACAAAGCAGGAAGUGGGUGGUGCCUCCAACGUGUGCUGGACACAGGGCUUCCAAUUUCCAGAGCAGCAGUCACAGCCUUGUGGGUUAGGGUCCUGAGUGGGCCUACUUUGAAAUGACCACCCCAAUGGAAUCCUGUAGGGUCUGGCCCCCACAACACCGGUCCCCUUAUUCCAGUGUCUCUGGCCCAGGCUUCAGCUGUGUGUACAGGGCAGUGGCUGGCACUAGAUGUGUGGGACUGGGGAACUUGCGGACUGAAAGAUUGCUGGGGACUGGCAUGCAGGAGGUACUAAGGGGAGGGCCCUGAAUCAGAUCAUGGGGCUGCAGAGGGUGGGCCCAGAGUGUUCAGCCUACUGGCAUUCUUGGUCUGGGCAGAAGGCUGCCCACUGAGUCUCCCAGAGCUGAGCUCUGCUUGAAGGUGGUUGUGAGGGCAUCGGGGAAAGCUGUGGUCUGUCUGGCUGACCUUGGCCUCCUGUCCAGUCACCACCCUUUGUAAGAUCUGAUUGUGCUCUAGGUCCAACCCUGGCUGAGACUGUUGUGUUCCUGUGAGAGGACUCCCCACCUGAUGCACACUGGGCCUCCAGAGGGACAGGCUAAGGUCUCGGGAGGGCCUCCUCCCCAAGGACCUGACCUGCCUAUGGAGGUGGGAGUUGAAUCUGUACAUUGUCUCAAUGCCUGUUUUUUAUGUUUUCCUUUCACUAAGGGUUUUUAGUUUGGGUUUAUUUUUGGUUAUGUUGGCACUAAUCCUUAAGAUGCUGUGAGAACCAUUUCAUCCAAAUGCCAAAUAAAUUUGUGUUCUGGAAGAGGCA